CUAAUUUACAUACUUUCGUGCAAAAUCAGUAUUUACCUAGUUAAUUUCCCAGUUUACAACAAAAAUUCAAUGUCAAUCUAUGUAGGCAGCACACAGAUUUGAGCAUGCAGAUUUAAGCUGGCCAAGAGUUCAACUGGCCGGCAACAGCCUUUCCACCCCCUUUCGUCCGCCUGGCUGUAGUAAAACUAGCAGCAGACGGCGUCACAACAUGACAAUUUGCGCUGGAUGUCCUCCGCACCACCCAACUGCUUCAGCCACCCCCUCGUCGGGUGGGAAAUCAACCACCAUGCGUUGCAUCCUUGGUGCCCGUGCCCGCUCUCAUCUCGGUCUCGCCCUCUCUCUCGGCGCAGUCCUCACACCAGCGUUGGCGUGCGCCUCUCGCUUUUUCCACGAGGAUUCCGCUUGGAGUGCCGAAUCCGGUUCACGUCCUGGCGGCUCGUGCUCGGCUGUGCGCUCGUGGCUUUAUUUUGGCUCUGGCCGGUGGCUCAAAGUCGCGUGGCAAUCAGUUUGCUGCCGUCUGUGUUCGUGGGUGAAAGUACGCACCGCUUGGCUGUCCGGGUUUUUUGCCGCAUCUCGUAGAUACUUCAUAUGGAAAACGCUUCUAUCGGUUGGAAUUGUAUCUCGUGGAUUGUGCCGCCGCCGUCAAGUGUCACUUGAAAAUUGUCAAAAUUGAAUUCACCGAACGUUAGUGAACAAAGGUCCUCCAAAUGGCCAUAACGAGUGCUGCGGCCUUUGUCUGGCUUCGAUUUUCAAACCCAACUGCAGGGCUUGCCGGAUUAAGCCAAAAGGUUCUGUAGAGAUACUUGAUACUUAAGUGCUCAGUGAACUACUCAUCAACAGCAUCAUCGUGUAGUGCAACUGCAUAUAUCAUCCGGCUGUUUGAAAAUGCCUGGCAGGUAGACUUCUGUCUUUCCUCCACAGAAGGCCAGCAACAGCGCAGCAAAAAUUUUCCUCUGGCGAUGAGAGCUAAACAAAUGACGCCUCUUCCAUGAGGGAUUGGGCUAGGAGCCAUCUGCCGCGUCAUCGCCAUCGCAAUUGGAAUCAGAAUCAGAAUCGCAAUUGCAGAAUGUGUGCCAGCGACGUGGAACCUUUGGUAUCCUUCCACUGAGUGGCAGGCGGAGAUUCUUCCCUAGACUGACACCUCUGAUUGAAUCGACAAGGACGGGAAGAACGAAGGGCAGAGCGAAGGGAAAGCCGAAGGAAAUGCGGAAAAACUCAAAGGAAAUGGCGGCGAAUCGGAGGCGCAAGAAGACAAUCGGCAUGCUGACAUCGGGACUGAAAUCAGUAGUCAAGUGGAAAAUUAUUGUAUCAUCCAUAAUGUUGCUCUUAUUAGGCGGGACAAGUCACGUGCUGGCGGUGCGAAAGGGUCGCCUGAUGUCCCCCAGCACAUUCACCGCCCUCAGCGGGGACCUGCAUGUGCAGAUCCAGUUCAAUGGGAACGAGAUGUCCUCGCAGGCGGAGGAGGAGCACACCAUCGGUGGUGGCCCAUCCAGCGAGGAGCACUUGAGCUCCAGUGACGGACUGAAGAGCAGGAACAACACCAUAAUGAGCACUUUAGUCAUUAGCAAAAUCAUUGAUGAAGUGGAGUCACCGCUGGAAAAGGGGUUGACACCGGGCCCCGAGGUAACCAAUACCAGCCAGGUGGUGCUGCAUCGCAAGCGCAAGGAGGUGGUGCAGAAUAUACCGCUCUUCCCGGAUCCCCGGUUCAAUGUCACCCAGGUGACGGUGCCAUGCCAGACCUUCCUGAUCGGAGGGCGCUACGAGAUGCAGGUGGUGAGCAAUCUCAAGUCGGUGAACCGGAGUGAGGUGACUACCACAUUGGUGCCCGCGCAGGAUGAGCGUCUCCACCAGACGCUCGAUGUGCGAUGGCCCAGUGCCGAGAUGAUAGUGAGUCCCGUGCGCCUGAAGACCUAUCCCAAGCAUCCUGUGGAGGUGACCCUCCGCUUUCCCGAGGUCAACUGCAAUCAGUCGGGCAGUCUCGCAUUGCCGGAGUUUUGGUUGGAGCUAAUUUACUGCGGCAAGGAUCGCAGCUGCAAUCGGAAUAUAACCCCAUCCAGUGUCCUUUUUGCGGAGCAAAUACGCGGAUUCCCCAAAAACAAGAGCCUCCAUCUGGGUUGCGAACUAUUUGGACUGGCGGGCAACUAUGCCGUCCAACUGCGACCGAUGAUUCCCGCUCAGAACGUGCCCACCACCCGGCGGCUACUGAGCGUCGAUUGGAGCGACGAAUUCGUGUUCAACGUGUACGCCCGCAGCAUAUUUCCCUGUGAUCCGCACACGGGAAUCGGUGUCCUGUACGAGUAUCCUGGCUGCAUUCUCGAGCAGGGCGACCGGGUGCGUCUCUAUGCCAGGCUGCGGGCCGAUGUCGCGUCCCUGAAGCCACCCACGUCGCUCCACUACGUCUCCGAGCAGCGGGUCGUCAAGAGCCAGCAUUCCCUGUACUUCGCCUGCGAGCACUUCUCCGAGAAGUACGUGGAGUACUGCUUCGUCUACGUCAGCCAGGCAAUUUCCGGAGCCGUAGCCGAUGUCCGGAUGGACUGUGUGCCCACCCUGCCCGUCAGCGACUCGGAUACCGGUGGCUGGGGACCUUGGAGCGAGUGGACGCCCUGCUCCACGAAUUGCUUGGGAGGAACGCGCAAUCGCUACCGUUUCUGUGACUCACCACCCCCGCGAUAUGGGGCCAAAUUCUGUGAGGGUCCUUCGGUUGAGACCCAAAAGUGUGGCAAAAGCAUCGCCGACACGUGGGACUGCAUCUACGAGACUUCGGGUACAGUCAUCACCAAGGAAAAUAGCACCGAGGUGAGCCAGGAAAUUGGACCAGGAUGUCGUUGCGGCUGCAUUGUGCAUCUGGGCUCCUCGAAGCCCAAAAGGAUCAUUGCUGGAGCCACACAGAGCUGUCCUGGCCGCUCAUUCUGGCUAAUACAGGUGGAUGGUGAGGAAAGCAUUUCUCUGGCACUGAGUUUCCUCCGCUUGCCUUGUGCCACCCAGUACAUAAAGGUGCGCGAUGGACCGUCGCUUUCGUCCACCCUUCUCGUGGAGCUCAAUGGCGGUGGGCUGAUCCUUAAGGGAGCCGGCGUUCCGGUGGUCGUCGAUUCCACUGGUGGCCAACUCCUUGUGGAGUUCUCUGCCGGCGAUGCACAGGCGGGCAAUGCCACUCAGGAGGCAAGUGCAGCCUGCACCGGAGGAUUCAUGGCCAAUGUGCAGCAGCAGUUGGCUACAAGGAGCAGUAACAGUAGUACCACGCUUGUGGCCGCCACUCGUUUGUCUGGAAAAACUCGCUCUGUUGCCCACAAGUCCAUGUCAAGACUUCGAUUUACGCUGGUUCAUCUGAGUGCCAUGAUCUUUGCCAGCAUAAUCAUCAUAAUAAGCUCCCUGUUAGGUGCCCAAUAUGUGGUGCGAUACAGGAAGUAUCACCUGGCAGUUGCUCGGCGACAGGACGAAGGAUCCAGACUUCACACUCCCAGAGCUUCGCUGAGUUCCCUGCAAGGUCCUCCCUCACGUGCCAUGUCCACAACAACUCUGCUUUCGGAGGUCAUUUACAUGGUGAAGAUGCGACCCAAACACCACCUGCGACACUCCAUACUCCGCGAGAGCGUGGAUGCCGAAAAUCUGACCAAUGAAACGGAGUUCAAGGAGUCGGAUUCACAGGGAAUGCUGGCGAAAUGCGCUGAAAUCAAGGAGCUGGGAAGCUCGGCCUCCAUGGUGACCCUGCGCAACGAGAGAUCGUCACCAGCGCGAUCUCUGGAUACCGGAAGUAUCAUUGGAUCACCUUCCUCUGCGGAAGCCGAACUGGCUGCGGUUCACAGCAGGUCAGAGGCCAAGGAUUCCCCCACGGAUGAGGCAAUAGAGCCGCCGAGCUGCAAGGACAGCGCCAAGGACUCGGAGUCCAUCAUAUCCUCAGGAAUGAGUUCCCUGUGCAACAGCCCACCGAUGAACAGCAAGCGACUGAGCAAGUACUCUGAUCGCUACGAUGCGGUGACCCUGAAGUUGCUGUCCUCCAGAUUGGAUGAGAGCCUGCAGGAUGCCAGCUCCCUACUCUCGGUGACCGAAUCCUUCAGAUUGGGUCGCCUGAGAACCCGCAGUGUCAGCUCUUCCCUGACGAAUGGUUGCUAUUCACCAGCUGCCAGUGUGGUAAGCACGGCAACCAUCAGGACGACCAGUAAUCCCAAGGAGUCCAAGGAGAAGCAGAAUCGAAGGAAACUCCUGGCCCGACCAGGCUCAGAGUUUUCGCUUGGAAAUCAAGAAGAACUUGAGAUGGAUUACUACGAUUACAAUGUGAUCAAUGCAGGAUCGGCACCGGGCUCCUAUCUUGGAAUGGAUCCGGCUUACCUUAUCUGGAUACCACCAUUCGAAGAGGUGGCGGAGCGGGAAGAGGACGAUAAGACACCAGAACCGGAACCAGAUCCCGAGAGGGAUGAACGGCAGCCGCUGUACGAGGAGAUCCGAAUGCCCAAGUACGGACACUACCUAAGUCCAGCCAGUAACACGGAGUCCAGCAAGUCCACAACGGCUGACAACACACCCAGCUCCGAGGAGAGAUCCCCACCUGACAGUGGGCGUCCCUCCAAGGCCACCUCGCCCUGCGAUGGAACGGAAAGGGGUGGGCGAUCCAUGCCCAAGCAACCCACUCCGUUCAUGUCCAGGAAACAGAGACGCCAGUCCAAACAGCAGAUGCAAUCCAGUUUGUCCUUGAGCGCUGGUUCGCUGGAUCAUGAGCAGCGACGCAGCAGUAAAGUUCCAAUCGAAAUUGCUGCAGUGCAUCAGAAGGUGGAAACCGAACUGGAACCCAACGACUCCAUGACUGGCUCUUAUGUGGAGAAGGAAACUGCCGUGGAGAAAUCAUCGGGGGAUCUGCAGGAGUUCCUGUCCCUCGAUGAUAUUCAGUUUGCUGAUGAGAGUGGCAGUGACUACGAGGCUGUCAACCUCAAGAAAGUACCCAAGUCGGAGCUCCAACUAAACCAGGAUGAUGCUCGAUCGAAACUCUUGCGAAGAAGGGAGCCCAAGUCAAAGGAAGUGGCCGUGUAGCACCAAGUUGUAAUUGUACAUAAAACCAGCACAAGAAGUGAAGUAUAUGUUUAGUAUAGUUUAUAAUACGAUCUUGUAAAAUACGGGUAAAUAUAAUAUAUACAUAUGUCAGCACCAUACGAAACGUAGACCACCUGGAGUAGUUGUGUUUUUAAAGCUAGGAUUUAAGAUCGUCUCAAUAAUAUGUAAACUGGAAAAUCGAAAAGUAUAUAGAAUGUAGUCUCUACAGCUCUUUAAGGCUAAUCUGUUCAAUCUCUCGUUACACUGUACAUAUAUAAGUUAGCCAAGGCUCACUGUAGUUUAAGUAUUCAUUCGCACUCGGCUAUGUACACAACCCAGUUAUAUGGAAAUAUUGAUUUGAUUAAUUGAUUUUAUUUGGCAAUUACUUGAAUCUAUAAUUAGAGAAUUGGAAUUACGAAAUUGUGUGAUCUUGAUUUUGUGCUUGUAAGCAUUGGAAAUUCUAGUCAAUACAUUAGUCAAAAUUAAUUAGCAUUUUAAAAUCAAAAAUGUUUUUGUUUCUAACAUUUUUAAAGCCUUUCUAUAUCACCACGACCUGUAAGAUAAGAAAAUGCAUAAAAUAAUGAAUAAAAUAAGAAGACUUUGAUUUUUUUUUGGGUGAGGUAUCUAUUGUUAAAUGUUAGCUAUAGUAAUACCACGCAAGUUGACUUUGUCAUAAGAUACAUUUAUUUUUAUAGGCUUUAUAAGCAUGCGGAUCUGUCAACAACGAUUGCACUUUCUUGACAAAUUCGCAUGAAUUAUAGAGAUAUGCAUCAAAUGACUCAUUGUUUUUUGGAAACAAAUAUUAGAAUUACUGGGAAAAUAAAUAGAUAUACAAUUUCGGAGAUGAGUAAUAGACUAAUUUUCGCUAGGAAAAGUACAUAGAUUUCUUUUCUUAGGGAAUCUAGACAUACUACUCGCAGUGCCGAAAAUAUUGCUCCUACUCUUCAGAGUGUAGAGUUCUUUUUUCCUGAGAUCGUGCAGGUUAAUGGCUUUAGCUUCAUUCAUAGGAUCCUUGGGCAGGAUGUUAAAAGACUUAAUACGGGGCUCUUCAAUUUUUGCUCUGUAUGCCAAUAGUUCCCGACGUCUAUUCUCCCUUCUCAUCUGCUCCAUGAAAGGUGCUUCCUUUGGCCCGUGAUUACCUCUAAUAGUUCGGCAUAUAAUGCAUGCGGUUUUUUUGCAAACAGGCUUUUCAUUUUGAAUCUUACGAGUAUCAUCUGGAGGUCUUGGAAUGGGCUUCGAAUCUUCCUUAAUUGCUUCAGAUACAUUUGGCUGAUUUACCUUUGUGACGGUCGUCCUGUUUUCAUAUAUUUCCGAAUACGGAUACAUCAGCAAAUCGCUAUCGGGGAUUCCUUCGAUGUCGAUUGAGGACGUAUCUGUAUUCUCAGUGAUGCUGUGUCGGCUAAGAAAUUGCUUUACUUUGAUCAAUCUCUCCUGGUACAUUUCCGGCGUCAUAUCAAGAUUGGUUUUUCGAAUCUUCAAGUUUAACCUAUCCAGGAUGCUUUUGCGUUCCACGGUCCUUCGAUCCGAUAAGUAGAAACUUUCGCUCAUGUAGGAGGUCUCGUCCUCAUUAUCGUGCUCCUCGUAGGGAUAAACUGGUAAGGCUUCAAUUUCGGUUUCAUAAGAAUUUGUUGGCGUUGGCGGUUCUAAUUUAUGCCGAAAAAAUCUUGAUUUAUCUUUUAUUUGAGACACAUUAGAAGUCGUUUUAGUUUUGCUUUUUAACUUAUCAGUAGUAGAUUGAGUUGUAUGAGCAGUGUUCUCUUCAAAAGAAUCCUUCGGUUUGUUUUUCUGACUGGAAAUUUGUACCAUUUUUUCGUUCUGGUCGCCCGGAUUGCUCAUAGUUUUGGAUAUAUUUCCAACAUUUAAGAUACUAUUCAACGGAUACACUUUUCUUGGCUUGGAAACUAUUUCUUCUUUUACUGGCGCUGUGAUGCCAUUAACUUCCUGCUCCUUGGGUUUUACUGACAUCGAUUUUAGAUUUGUCUGUAAAUUGUUGGGAAUUGUUAUAUCAGAUAUGUUUUCAACCAGGGAUUUCUCUCUUAUCGUGGAGAUUUUCUUAGAAGCACGUGAUUCGCGUGUCCUAUUCGGAUUGAUACGCGUUUUUGAUCUUCCCAGAAUAUAAGAAUCGGACUUUUGCGGAUUCAAUGUGGAGAUUUCUUCCUGUUCCUUGAACGGAUUUAAUUUCAUUUCUUGAAUCUUAUAAAUCUCCUUUCCGGAACGUUUAUUGGAAAGCGAUUCACGUGUAAACCCUUUUGAAUUUCUUGCUUGAACAACAUAGAUUGUAUUAUUAUUAUUGGCAUUGAAUAGUUUUAGUUUUAACUUGGACUUUCUUCUUCUCCUGCCUGAUUCUUCGUUGGAAUUUCUUUUUAUAUCACUCGCUCUUUCAGUUUCCUGUUCCGGCUUUUCCUCCAAGUUUCCCUGCUCCUCAGUGGAAAUCUCUUGGACCUUUUGACCAUCUGGAUCUGGAAGCUGGGUGGUGGAAAAAUUCGACUUAAUCUCGGAACCCACAUUGGAUUGUUCGUUAUAUAUACUUCUCUGUGGGAUUCGAACUGCACCUUUAUCCCGUAUUGGCCACAACUGUUGCGUUGUUUUGUGUUUUUCGGACUUUGAAUUGCGCUUCUGCUUAUUUUCCCUUGUUUGAAAUUUUAAAAGCUGAUUCUGCAAACUCAUAGAUGUUGAUGUCCUUCUUGAAUCCGUAAUCUCAUUCGUUUUUUCUUGAAGUUUAUUUCUAUUUUUCCUUGAAUUUUUUGAUUCUGCUAACUUCGGCUUAGAAUGAUGCGUUGUCCUUUUAGAAUCUGAAAGCUCAUUCGCUUUUUCUCGAAGUUUAUUUGUAUUUUUCCUUGAACUUUUCGAUUCUGCUAACUUCGGCUUAGAAUGAUGCGUUGUCCUUUUUGAACCCAAAAGCUCAUUCGUUUUUUCUCGUAGCUUAAAUGUAUGUUUCCUCGAACUUUUUGAUUCUCCUAACUUCGGCUUAGACUGAUGAGUUAUCCUUUUUGAAUCCGAAAGCUCAUUCGUUUUUUCUCGAAGUUUAUUUCCCUUAGCGUUUGAUUUUGGAGUUUUGCUACUUGGUUCUUUGAUUUCGUUUGCAAACGGACGAACUUUAUAGACUUCCACCGCAGGAGGAUUCAGAGAAAUUGGCUUUUGUUGCUCAGGCUGCUUUUCGAUUUGAGGUAAUUUUUUGUAUUGAGUGUGAGACCUCACUAUGUCGUAUAUAUCAUUGUAAAUGCUGUCGUCCUUGAAAUCGCAUUUAGAUUUAGGGUCUAAACUUUUUCGUUUGAUUCUGGAACUCAGCUGAAUUCUCGGCUGAUCUUGGCUGGCUUGAAGAAUUUGAUAGAAGGUUGCAGUUCCUGCGAACGGAACUUCCGGUGGCGAUGUGAAUGCUUUUCCAAUAGAGACAUUCGUUUUCCGUUGGCAAGUCGGCCAAGCAAGCGUACUUUGAUCAAAUUUCUGAAUACUGUACAAAACAUUCGAAAUCGAGUUGGGUAGGUAUUUGGCAUUUGGAUUUAAAGGAAUUGGAUAAUGUAGCCUCUCCAUAAACGAGCAAUUUGGACUAUAAAAUACUGGGGGAAUGAAAUUUUCAGUUUUUUUACGACAUUGAGCACAACAGAAAUUUCAAUUGCCUUUGAAGAACAAGGCAUUACAAAAGAAAUGUUUGAAUAAAAUAAUGACUUGAAAUGGGAAUGUUGGAUAAUAAAUUAACUAAAAUAAAUAUAUGCCAAGGCCCAGAAA